CGCAUCUGAUUGGUUAACUUCAUUAACAACUAUUUGUAUACACAAUGGCGGAUCCCGAAGUUCAGUACAGCGAUACUCGGGUUCCGUGUAAAAUCUGUGGGAGAAGUUUUGCUCCGGAGGUGUUGACUAAACACAGCAAUGUUUGCAAGAAAACAGCAGCCUCAGCCUCCAAAAGGAAACCAUUUGAUUCAUCUAAGCAGCGAGUGAUUGAGGGGGAGCUGUCGCUCAAGCAGAUUAAACAAGCGCAGAAAAAGGAAAUAAAGCCACCCAAGUCCCACUGGAGAGAGAAACAUGAAGAUUUCAUCAAUGCUGUUCGUAAUGCCAGGGGUGUGCAAGCUGCCAUUGACUCCGGUGGACCCCUCCCACCACCCCCACCUCCAUCUAUUAAUCCAGAUUACAUCCAGUGCCCAUACUGUUCUAGAAGGUUUAGCCCUCAGGCUGCUGAUCGCCACAUCAACUUCUGCAAAGAGCAGCAGUCGCGGCUACCUAGGAGCAAACCUAGCCCUGUCGCUGCGGCUAAGCAGAAUACUAGACUAAACUACCAGGCACCCAAGCCUAAAGCAAAAACAACACCCGCUGCUGCCCCUGCUCCCAGUGCUCCUGCUGGCCGGGGAUCAGGUACAACACUUUUACUCUCUGCCACAUCAUUGUAA